AUGAAGUUCUCGACCAUCCUUGAGGCAUUGGCCCACCACACCAGAGAAUCACCAAACAAGGUGGUGGUGACUUGGGUAGACAUCAAGUGUAAGGAACAGAACAAGAUGACAUUCAAGCAGCUGGAGGACACAUCCAAUGCCGUGGCAGGUCGUCUUCUCAAAUUGGGAUGCAAGAAAGGAGAUCGUGUCAUGGUGGCAUACCCCUUCGGCCUCGAGUUUUUGGCUGGCAUGUUCGGUGCCAUGAAGAUUGGAGUUAUCCCCUGCUCCAUCUACCCACCCAAUCCAAAUCAGCUCAAGACGGAUAUGCCAAAGUUCCGCAGAUUUGCCGAUGAUGCUGGAGCCAAGUAUGCCCUAAGCACCAGUACUUUUGCUACUGCCAUGACCGCAGCCAGCAUCCUCUACAAGACUGGUGUUACGUGGAUUGGAACCGACAGGCUACAAAUGAAGAAGAGCAAUCCAAAAAAGCCCAAAGAUUAUGAGACAUUUGUGGGAGAGCCAACAGAUAUCUGCUUCAUCCAGUACACCUCUGGAAGUACGGGACGUCCAAAAGGAGUCAUGAUCAGCCACAACAAUUUGUCCGAAACGUGCAAGGCUGGAGUUUCUUUGACGGAUUGUUUGGGACCUGAUGAUUUGGAAGUCCUAUGGGUUCCACAAUACCAUGACAUGGGACUUGUCACUGGGUUUAUGGGUGCUGUAUAUUCGGCUGGCCCCCUUGUUAUGGCAUCUCCCUUGGAUUUCAUUGUCAAUCCAUUACUGUGGACUGAUAUGGUUGAGAAAUAUCAGGCCACCAUCACUUCUGCUCCCAACUUUGCUUAUGCUUUGCUCCUCAAGCGCUUGGAGCAGGCCGACAGGAAAGCAGACUGGAGUUGUGUGAAGCGUGCCAUGUUUGGUGGGGAACCCGCCCAGCACCAUGUUGUGGAAGCAGUGGCAAAGACUCUUUUGGUCAAGCCUGAGCAUGUCUACAAUAUCUAUGGCAUGGCUGAAAUGGUAGUGCUUGUAACUGGCGGGCCAGCCAAGGCAGACACUGAAGGACUUGUUUGCUGUGGGGAAGUAGAUUCACCUACCCUCAAGCUUCGAAUUGUACAGGAUGGACAAGAGGUGGAGGAUGGACAGGUUGGAAGUAUCUGGGCCCAGUCACCUCGGGUUGCUGCCGGAUACUAUGGCCAGUCUGAGCUAACCACCGUUACCUUUGCCAAUGCAUUGCCCAGCUAUGAUGGUUCCUGGCUUGACACUGGUGAUUUGGGAAAGAUUGUUGAUGGGCAGAUGUACAUCACAGGCAGACUCAAAGAUGUCAUCAUCAUUAAUGGCAAGAACUACUAUCCAAGCGAUGUUGAGCUCUCUAUUGAUGAAGCUUUUGGUGAUGUUAUCCGUCCAGGAAGAACCAGUGCCUUUCAGCAUGGCGAUGCAAGUGUUGGAAUUACUGUGGAGGGCCGCAAGGGGUUUGACAAGUCAGAAAAUGAAGAAUUGGCUGUCCAAAUAGCCAACCAUGUAUCCCAAGUGCAUGGACUUUUUGCCACAGAGGUUGUUGUCCUGAAAUUGGGUGUGACACCAAAAACCACCUCUGGCAAGCUUAAACGAAGCGAGAUUCGGCAGACAACUAUGACUGGUGACUGGAAAGGAGCUUCCAUACUACUUCAAUUCAAGUGGCAGGAAGCUCUUACUCCUCUUGAGAAGAGUCAGCAUCCCUCUUUUCUUGAGAGAAGCUUUUCAAUGCAUGGCAUUGGCAGCAAUGAUUCUUAUCUGAAUGAAGAAACUGAACAUGAAAUCAUGAGGCAAUCGAUGAGUACUGGUAACUGGAACUUUGAGGAGCUUCCUGACAGUGACCUCAACCAAACAAAUACCCUCCCCAGCAAAGCUGUUGAAGCAGUUCAUGCUGUGGAGUGCAACCCCAGCAAGUUGGAAGAGUAUUUCUCUGAGCUUCAUCUAUCUGGGGUCUCUGGCAUUGAAGAAGCUUGGUCCAGAGCCGUCAAGACAACAGCUGCAAUGCAAGUCAUGUGCUCCCAAAUCCUGAAGCAUCUUGAGGACAAGCACCCAACCAUCUGCCAGCUUGCUCACAGUCUUGUUGUGAAUCCAGACUGGAUUUUGAUUGAUGACAGGACAGAUUUCCUUUCGCAGCUGGUGCACCAAAUCUUUGUCCUUCAAUGGGUGACAACAUUCAUGGUGGAUAACCCAUCGUCCAUGGAGCAAAAGUUGCAGAAGGAUGCCGAGUGGGAAGGCACUCAUGAGACUACUCAAACGGUCCCAACCGAGCUACAAGAGAUGCUGGACCUACCAGAUCAAGACCCGAUUUAUGGGAAGUGGCCAUUCUUUACUUGGAUAAAGAACAGGUCAGUGCGUGCACUACUGAACAUUGUCCUAAAAAGUUUGGGACCAGCUGAAAGCCCGACCAUUAAUGCAGAGGUUGAAAGAAUCAAUAACCUCCUGUGUUUAAAUAUGUUUGAGGCUAUUUGGGUGGAGCAAAAAAAUGGACACGAGGACAAUUCAGAAGUCGGCAGGAGACUUGCUACAAAUCCUGUGAUGACAGCCACAACCCAAUCAAAGAAGGUUUUGAUGGAGCAUGCAUGUGAUACAAGUGCUUUGAAUAAUCUGUACAUUGAUUGGGAUAUGCAUAUUGUGGCCUGGGUUGGAGACAGAAAUUCUUCCACCUGGUCCUUGUCUAAAUUGCUGCUUCCUUGCAUCAUCGGAGAUGUCAAUGCACAUUUCUUCUAUGCAAGGUUGAUUAGUCUGCACCUGGUUACACAGGCUGUGGGAAGGAAGCUGAUGUUUAACAAGUUCCAUAAUGAACCAAUCCUGUCAAGAAGAGCACUGCAUUAUUUUGGGAAGCUGAACCUCUCCUGUGCAGAAAAGUGUGGAUACGUCCGACUGGAACCAGAAAGCAAACAUCACCUUGCUCUUGAUGAACAUUUCUGGCUGUCCAAGUUUGACCAGUGGGGGUUGGCAAACCUUCCAGCAAAGACAAGCACUGCAGACCCCAUGUUGCAUGAUACUGCAGUUGCUCGAGCCGUGGCCCCAGAUAGAGUGUCUGCCAGGUCUAUGGACGCAAUAAUGUCUGUUUUUGGUUCACAAAUUGACACAUCAAAACCAUGGGUUGAGAAUGGGCUCACUUCCCUUAAGAGUGCAGAGCUCAGAAACAAGAUUGAGGAAGAGAUACAUGUAGUUCUCCCUGCCAACUUUGAACAGCUCUACCCAACACCAGAGGCGCUUUCCACCUUCUUGGAGGCAUCAAAGAUGAAAACGUUUCCAAAGAAAGAGAAUUACAAUCACCCCGACUUCCUUUGGAACUCCUCAAGAUCUAGGUUGAGCAAGGCACAGCUAGCAUGGCUCCAAAGCCUUGCCUCAACUGUGAUUCUCCUACUGAUUGUUGUCUCCAUUGUGCCAUCCUACUUUCUUGUGUCCUGGCUUAUGGACCAGUGUGACUCCACCAAAGUUGGGGAAUGCAACAGCUCAGUUGUUUGGCUGCUUUUGCCCCUGGCAUUUCCUCUGUACAUUCUCUCUUUUUCCAUCAUUGUUGUGUUCUGCAAGUAUGCAGUCACUGGGACAUAUUUGCACAGACAUAUUGAAAUCCUGUCUUGGGGUUACCUUCAAUGGUGGUUUGUUGACAGACUUGUGGAAGUCUGGGAAUCGCUUGUUGGACAUCUUGUUGUGGAAACAAAAUUCAUCUGGAUCUUCUACUGGCUUCUUGGAGCAGACUUGGCAAGGACAACAAAGAUCAAAUCUUUUAUUCGGGAAUUUGAUCUUGUGAAAGUUGGUGGCAACUCUGUCAUCAGUCACCCUAUAAAGUGCAGGAAAUUCUCCCAGUCAGCAGAAGCAGGUCCAACGAUUACCUUCCGACCCAUCACGGUUGGGGAAAGAUGUCAUGUGUCUGGGAUGGUCAGCCCAGGUGCUUCCAUUGGAGAUGACAGCAAGGUGGAGAAACUGUCUGUUGUUGAAGAAGGGGUUCAAGUGCCAGAUGGAGUACUUGCCAGAGGCAAUCCAGCAUGCCAUGCUGGCUCGUUUGAGCCUUCAAAUUCAAAGUACCGGGAAGAAUGUCUGUUGGAUGCCUUCAAGAUAGUAUGGCUUUUCGUUGAAGCAUAUCACUACUUUGCGCUUUCCUUCCUUGUCCAUGCCACACUCAACAAAAUCUUGCCAUUGUGGCGCUAUUCUACCAUUCUCCAUUGGUUCCUGCUUUUUCCGUUCUCCUCCUUCCUUGGUCUCCUCACAAGCAUUGCACUCAAAUGGUUUCUGAUUGGGAAACGUGAUGCAUCCGAUGAAUAUGAAGGUUCACUGUGGAGGCAAGCAACCAACUGGGCCUGUGACUUCCACUUCCGUGUAGCUGCUUUGCCCAUCACUCCACUCAUUGGCCACUCAAAACUAUGGAACAUCAUUCUUUUCCUUCAUGGUCUUGAUGUUGACUUGAGAUCAGAACUAAAUUUCACUCCAUUCACCAAGUUCUCUCCUUCAAGGGUGGACUUUGUGAAGAUCCGGAAGUCCUUUGUCGCAACCAUCACCUUUGAUUUUGAUUGUAAAGCUGACUCCAAAAUUGAGAUCAUCAACAGUAGUGUGGGCUACAGCGUUAAUCUUCACCCUGGUGUCAAGAUAGUUCGGUCAAUGAUCCCACCAAGGACCAACCUGUCCGACAGUGUCUAUGAUCUGAACAAAGCAACACCAAAAUCGAAGUCAUCCAUCCUUAUGAACAUCUUUCUUCCAGAAUUGUCACAACAAAUUCUCAACAUUAUUCUUUUCGCAAGCCUCAUACCUGCCUAUGAGAUUGUUUAUCAUGCCACCCAAACAUCCUCAACUUGGAUUGCAACAAGUUGCUUUUUUGCGGCAUUUUUCACACUCCUUUCUGUGUGGAUUCUUUCCACAAGGACGAUUGAAUGGCUGUUGCUGAGGCUCCCAACCAAUGUUCAAGAAUCUUUGUACGGAGUCUACAUCAACCAUGUCUGGUUUUUCCGUGUUCGAAAUUUGCUGGAACUGCUCCUUUCUGGUACUCCCAUGUUUACCUAUUAUGCUCGAUUCAUGGGAGCAGAGGUGGAUGGCUGCCUCUGGUACUUUGGUAAUGCUAUCUAUGAGUACGGUUGCUUACAUUUCAAAGGGAGAGCAAUUGUGGACAGCUCCCAUGUUAGCGGACAUUACCUCGAUCUCAAUGGACUUACCCUUGGCGACACCCAUGUAUCAGGAUUGUUGCACCCAGGAUGCUAUGCCCGUGCUGGGUCUGUAGUCAAUGGAAAUGAGCAUGGCCCAUGGAAAGUUUUCUUAAGAAGUGAUAUGAGUGUCCAUGAUUCAAAUUGUUUGUGGAGAGGUAUGAAGAAACCCGAUAGAAGUACAAGCAAUCUGAUUGAGAAUCAGCAGGACGAAUCUAUCCAUCAAGUCCCACCUGAGUUUAAUGUUUAG